AUGGCCACAUUGAGUCCCACGAAAGAGUCCUUGAUCACCGUGUUCGUGAACCAAUACAACCAAAAUAAGUACACUGAGAUGGCGAAAAAAGCUGCAGACAUAUGCGGACGAGCCCUUCUGGAGAAAGACAUACCCCAUGAAGUUGAAAGCCGCGGGAAGAAGCCUGAAAGCCUGCGAAAAAAGAUUGAGCAGCGUGAGCGCAAUCAAGGUCUAUACAAGUCCCUAAAAGAUAUAUUUGAGGACAUCGUCGACCUUGCCGGGGCUCGCAUUAUCCUCAAAAAAUGGGAAGAUUGUGAUCGCGUAAGGGGUAUCAUCUACGAGCUUUUCGAGGUUGAGCAGGAGAAACCUAUGAAACAAAAGAGUGGGUACGAAGCAGUACAUUAUCGUGUCUCCUUGAAGCAGGAGGGGCGCCUGGGUGGCCUCCACAUGACGCAAGUGAGGCCGAGGGUUGAGAUUCAAGUUCAGUCUUUGUAUAUGGCGCAGUGGGCGAAAGAUGAACAUGACAGUCGGUAUAAAACAUCUAAAGAUCCGAGCCGAGCGUUGAACAACUAUCUCAAUUUUCAACUUCAAAACAUUCACUUUGCUCAAAACAUCGCCCAGAUAACAAGAGAAGAGAGCGCCAGGCAAGAUGCAAAGUAUAAACAAAAGUUCAGCGACCACAAAUACGUCGGCCGACAUCUGGAGAAGUGGGUUGGCAAGCACGCUACAGACUGGGCAAAAGAUGAAAAGAUAAAAACAGGAUCUUCUACAGCUCUGACAAUCUUUUUGGAUGCUCGUGGAUGGAGAACCCCCGAAUCUCUUGACCUAUUGCUCAAUGAACACCUUGGCAAUGGCGCGCGGGAUGAAUACUCAAACAUCGCAAAGGAGUAUGGUGAUAUUGAACUGAACAUCGUGAUCUAUCUCAUUGACCGCGCUGUUUUGAAUCGCAACACGCAUAUCUAUGAAGUCCCCAAUGACCAUGAAGAGAACGCCUACAAGAUCCGAGUGAUCCUGAGCACGUUCAUCUGGAUAAAGCGUCUUUUUCUGCCGGCAUUGGCAUGGCAGCGUUUAUUCGCGCGUCCGGAAGAGGAAGACCGAAACAUGCUUCGACAGGGCAUUGUUUGGCUGGGACACAGAGCAUUGCAAAAACUGAUUGCCAGGGGAGGAAAAUUGUUGACUCCCGAGGAGAUUGGUAUAGUAAACAGACUGUGGAAUUGGUUCUGCAGAAACCCCGACCGACCAAUCCAGGUGGCUUUUACGCUGUCAAGCCAGGGUGUUAUUAGAGACCUGGCAGGAGAAAACGAUGAGCUGGAAAAUGCGCUUGGGCCACUGAGGCGAGCCCUGAGUUGGGACAUGGACCAAGCUUCAACAUAA